UGCAUUUCAAAGCCGCUAAAGUAACAAGUAUCUUGGAGCUAUCUAUUCGGUUGAACGAAGAAAAACUCGCAGCAAAAACCAAAUUUUGUACACUCAUAGAUAAAGUGAAAAGAGCUACAGGAAAACACAUCGCAUCUUGUUGCAAUGGACCAGCCCUCUAAUGGAGACCUGUACACACUGGAAGCCAAUUUGGUGACCAAGUCACUUAGAGAACUCACAGAUGGCGCUGACAAGGAUCCCAUUACCAAGUUGCGUUUAAUCUGCUUCAGCCGCGGUGCAACAGGCAUUUUGGGCCUUGGCAGAGCUUUUCGCGCCAUGGACGAUGAUGGCAGCAAGGCGCUCAAUGAGGAGGAGUUUAUCUCGGGCAUUCGGGACAUUGGUCUGGAUGUGACUGAAGAGGAAAUUAAGCAAAUGUUCAACACCUUCGAUGAGGAUGGCAGUGGAUCUAUAAACAUGACUGAGUUCCUGCUCAAACUGCGCCCUCCCAUGCCCCAAUGUCGUCUGACAAUCAUCGAUCAGGCCUUUGAUAAAAUGGACAAGGAUGACGAUGGUGUCAUUACAAUUGCCGAUCUAAAGAACGUUUACUCGGUGAAGGAGCAUCCCAAGUACCAGAGCGGCGAGAAGACAGAGGAUGAGAUUCUAACAGAUUUCUUGCACAAUUUUGAAGGCGGUCGUGGUAAUCUCGAUGGCAAGAUAACUCGAGAGGAGUUUGUCAAUUAUUAUGCCUCAAUCAGCGCCUCAAUUGACAAUGAUAUGUACUUUGAUCUAAUGAUGCGACGUGCCUAUGCCAUGUAAGGAAUUGGAUUGCCCAUAAUGGUUGAAGCUUUAUCUGAUUCUGAUUCUGAUUCUCAAGUGUCUAACUAUCAACUUUAACUACUAUUAAGUCGUGCUCAUGCUUUAUUUAAAACCAACGCAUGUUUCAUUCUAUAAAAGAAAUUUUCUAUUUCCUGCACCAGCAA